GAAAGUAUGGGUCGGCUAAAUAUGAUUAUGAUGAUUGAUUCAAGAGAGCAUGACGUCAUGAUCAAAAGUCAGCAAUCACAACACGAAAAGGCCACUUGGCAGUGCAAUAUGGCCGAAGCACUGGAGGCAACUACCAAGGAUGUAGAUCUGUUUCGCGAUACACCAGUUCGGCUCUUAGGUUAUGCAAAUGAGGUAGGGGAGGCAUUUCGAUCCUUAGUACCAAAAUCAUUGGUGGUUGCUAGCUAUGGAGUUGCCUCACUGUAUGCUGUUUCUGAUGCAUCAGAUAAAGCAUACAAAUCCUACCAGAAAAAUGGAACAAAUGAAAAAUUGAGAAACCAAAAAUCAGUUGAGGUUUUUCUUGAGGCAGCCGUUUGGCAAGCACUUGCCUCAGUGAUUAUCCCUGGAUUUACAAUAAACAGAAUUUGCAGAUUGUCAAGCUUAUCUUUGUCAAGAAUUGCAUCAUCACUGUCACUUAGCACAAGAAACAAAAUCACAACAUCCAUUGGUAUGGCAAGCAUACCAUUGAUAAUAAAGCCAAUUGAUAGGCUUGUUGAUUCUGUGAUGGAGCAAGCGGUUCCAAUCACCAGGAGCAUUCUGCUCACAGAAUCAGUGAUUGAAGAAAGUAUUCAUGCUGCAGUUGAAGGACGAACAGAAACGUUUGGAGAAUGGAGGCAGUAGUGCACAUUCAUUUGGACUCUAAGACAUGCUUGUUGAAUUUGUAACUUUAAAUAUAAAUUAUUGGUGUGGGGUCUGUUCUUCCUCAAAUUGGCAAAAGGCUACAUAAAGUUCUUUGACUUUAAUUAUGGUAUUUAAAUUUCAUUACAUUCAUGAAGUAAUUUUAGAUUUGUUUUAUGCAGAAAAUGUCUUAAAUUUAGAAAAAUAUUGUAUAGAAGGUGGCUCACCUUGCAAAAUGUGCGGAAAUGAUAGAUAAGUGAAUAAUUGGUGUGUAUAGUUUUUAUUCAUGACAUGAAAGUGAUCUUCAA